GGGCACUCCUGUUCACCUCUGUUCUUGGUGGAGACAGACAGCAGUUCCUACUGUGCUCAUCUACAAGGUUACAGAUGAAGCAACUUGCAAAACAUUGCUAAAACAAGAAGCAAGAAGAAUAAUAUUUACAUACAUAUCAUCAUUAUACAUUUUUAUCUGUCAAAGUGGCUUCAUUCCACACUUUCUCUUCUGUGUUUAUAUCCUACAUCAAAUAUUAGAUAAACCAAAGUGUGUAGGAGAAAAAAAGUGCUUUUCAAAUCAUUACUCUUUGUGGUAGGAAUGCUAAGGCACCAGUAUAUCUUUUUUAGGAACUUUGUUGGGUCCAAUGGAGCACCCCAGGCAGUGUUCACCUUCCUUCUUGUUCCAUGUUGUUUGGCUUUGGACUUUACAGCACCCCCUCUUAUUCCAAAUAUUCCUUUCCUGUGGGCCUGGAAUGCCCCAACUGACCGUUGUGGUAAAGUAUUUGACAUGCCUCCAGAUCUGAGCCUCUUCUCCUUAGUAGGAAAUCCCCAAAAAGAUGUUACAGGACAACUUAUUACAUUAUUUUAUGCUGAUAGGCUUGGCUACUAUCCUCACAUAGAUGAAAGAACAGGUGCCUGUAAGAAUGGUGGAAUCCCUCAGAUGGGUUCCUUAAAAAAUCAUUUGGACAAAGCUGCAAAAGACAUUGCCUAUUACAUGCCAACCAACAACGUGGGCUUGGCGGUCAUUGACUGGGAAAACUGGAGGCCUACCUGGGUAAGAAACUGGAAACCUAAAGAUGUUUACCGGGAUGAGUCUAUUGAGUUGGUUCUGCAGCAAAAUCUACAACUUACUUUCAAAGAGGCUACCAAGAUAGCGAAAGCGGAUUUUGAAAAGGCAGCAAAGAGCUUCAUGCAAGAGACUUUAAAACUGGGAAAGUUACUUCGGCCAAACCGCUUAUGGGGUUAUUAUCUUUUUCCUGAUUGUUACAAUCAUCAAUAUAACCAAUCUAAUUACAAUGGAAGUUGCUUUGAUGUAGAGAAAAGAAGAAAUGAUGCACUCGACUGGUUGUGGAAGGAAAGCACUGCCCUUUACCCCUCUAUUUAUUUGAAUACCAAGCUAAAAUCUUCUCCACAAGCUGUCCUUUUUGUUCGUAAUCGUGUUCAGGAAGCCAUUCGGAUGUCUAAAAUUGCCAGUGUUAAAAGUCCACUUCCAGUUUUUCUAUACGCCCGUCCAGUUUUUACCGAUAUGCUUUCAAAAUUUCUUUCUCAGGACGACCUUGUGAAUACAAUUGGUGAGAGCGUUGCUCUAGGUGCUUCUGGAAUCAUAAUGUGGGGAAGCAUCAACUUAAGCCGAACUAGGCAAUCUUGCAUGAACCUAGGCAAUUACUUGAACACCAUACUGAAUCCUUAUAUUAUCAACGUCACUCUAGCAGCCAAAAUGUGUAGCCAAGUGUUGUGCCAGGAGAAAGGAGUGUGUACAAGGAAAGACUGGAAUUCACCCGACUAUCUUCACCUGAACCCAAUGAAUUUUGCUAUUCAAAGAGGGAAAUGUGGAAAAUACACCGUACAUGGGAAACCCACACUUGAAGACCUGCUACAAUUUUCUAAAAAAUUUUAUUGCAGUUGUUAUGCCAACAUCCGCUGUAAGAAAAGAAAUAUAAAAAACAUUCAUACUAUUAAUGUAUGUAUUGCUGAAGAUAUUUGUAUUGAAGCUUCUCUAAACUCAGACCACAGUGAGCACUCUUCUGGCCAGAAAAAGAUAUCUUCUACCACUGUUAACAGUGUCUCAUCCUCCACACCAACUGCCAAAGUGUCUGCACGUGUUCCUGGGAAAGAUCAUGUGUCCCUCAAAAUCAGGCUUUCGGGGGAAGCCCUCUCCAACACCAUCCAAAGGGGCCAUAAGAGUGUUGACUGGAAAAAUACAUUCCGUCAGUUAUACAUUCAAAACAUUAAAAAUGAGACAAACUAUUAAAAUAUAAAUUCAGUGAUUAUUAGAUUUCCUGCCUGCAUGUUUUAUGUUUUGAUUUUUUUACAUUAUAAUAGUUUAUAACUUCAAUGACUUUUUAGGCAAAUGAUGUUACCUAUUUAUUUGAAGUUUUACAUUUGAAAUGUAAAUCAAAAUUCAUGGUCAAGAUAGUGUUUUAAUUUUUUGAGCAAAGAUUGCAUUUUCAUGAUCAAAUUUAACUUGAUGUUAGUAUUGAUUGAUAAACAAAGAAUUGUGAUCAGCACCUUUAAUAUUCAAAAUCAUAGGGCAGUGUUAUUACUAAAUCCACUGAUGCUACAUUUUACCUUUGAAAAUCAAAGUAGACUCUUGAUAAUUAAGAUAGCAUAGAAUUUACUUUGUAAGAUGAUACCCACUUUUUUUUAAAAUUGCCGUGAGUGUAUGGCAAAUAUUUCACAUAGUGUGAUGAAUACAUACUGAGAGAUGCCUGUUAUAGUCUUGGUUCUAUCAGAGACUGAUUAUAAGGCCUAUGAUACUUAGAGAUACUAUGUUCUUCUGCAAAAAGUGA